AUGUACAUUCAAAAACCUGAGGGUCCCUAUGGAAGAGAUGACACCCAAGAAAAUAGAAUGUUUAAAGAAGGAUUUAAGCAAACAAGUUUUUAUGGAACUGGUAUGAUGAAGAAUCAGGAAAAAGUCUCAUCACAUAAUAUGUUAUUUAGAACAGGAAAAAGUGUAGUAUUUUCAAUGGAAAGAAUGGAAUUGGGACAAUAUAUCCAAACAUUACCCCUCUAUGUGUUUUUAUUCAUUUUGACAGCCUCACCUACUGACAUGACAUACGGAGGAAGUAUGGCUGAUCCUAAUAUGGGUCGUGGUAAUUGGAAACCAGUUCUUAUAGGAAGUGUUAGUAUACCUCUCAAUGAAUUGAAAGUUUCGGAUGAAAUUGAUGCUCCAAAAGGUGAAAGAAUACCACAGAAACGUACCAUUAGUGGAACAUUUACAAUUAAAAAUGAUAGAGGAUACGAUGUUGGAGUGAUUGAUAUGGAUGUGAGAUUGAGGUCACUUGUUAAGGCAGGUCCAAUAGAUAAUUUUAAUGAAUACUUGACUCAAAACUUUUCCAAGAGUUUCUCAUUACAGAGACCAAUGACUGAUGGAGGUCCACACUCUGGUACCAUGGACAAGUCAUUGAGAAUGCAAACAGGAGCUGUCACAAGAAAUCCUCUGUUUACUGUAACUGAUAACACAUUCCAAAAUCAACCUGUACAAAAUACAUACAAUCCAAUGCUAGGUACAAUGGCAAACGGAGAGAUGGGAGCACUGUCUACUCUUGUACAACACUACAAGGAUACUCAGGCUCAAACAAUCAUGAUGAGAGGACAAAUAGAGAAUCAAAUCAAUACGAUGGCAAAUCAACUGGCUGAUAUUUCAAGACAGUUGAAAGGGGAGCCUCAACGUUUCGUGGAGGAAAGACAAACGAAAAAGAAGGUCAAGAAAAAAUCAAUUACCUCAUCAGGAAAGGUUUUAAAUACGCAACCAAUUAAAAGGCCCUCAUCAGCAAACCCUUCCAGACCCAGUUCUCUAAGCAAUAGUACAAAGACAGUUGACUCAUUGAGUAUGAGAAAGAAAAACGUAACACUUGGAAGAAAUACAAACUCUUACCUUGAACAACCAACCAAGGAUUGGUAUCAUGUCUUACAUGGAACAUCAACAGUAAGAAAACCACAAUCUGCUUCCUCAUCAACGAAAUCUUCUGUAUCAAAGAAAAAAACUGUAACCCCCUCAAGUGCAACGAGUAGUAUGAAAACUUCAAAAAAAGUGGACAAGUCAGUUCGGUUGGAGGAGGAAUUGGCUAGACAUGUUUUGGAAAAUUUACAUCAGCAACAAGAGGAUGAUGAAAGAGAAGGAACCACAAUGAGUGGCCUCAUUCCUCAGCUAGCCGAUACACUUAAACUUUUGGCAAGAAAGAGCCAAAAACAAGAGGAAGAACCAGAGGAAAUGAUUACCAUACCCUCAGAACUGUAUAAAACUAUUAAGGAAAAUAAUGACAGGUACAAUAAUUUACAGAGAAGUUAUCAAGCUAUUAUGGAAGAGUUUGUUGACAAUCCAAACAAACUCUUUUCUUCAAUGACCAGAGUUGAUACAAGAGGAAUGUCAUUCAGAGAAAAGGAAUUGUGGAAGAAUCAAAACAAGUUGAUAACACUCUUACGAGAUAAUUACAAUCAAAUCAAGAAGGAAAACGGCAUGCAAGCCUUGAAGGACGUUAAGAGUAGUCAAAAGAGAUCUCCAAUAAUAGAGUCUAGUGUGAAAAAACCAUCACCAAGAAAAGUUGAAGAGGUCGAAGAGAGUACAGACUCUUCCUCUUCAUCUUCAUCUGAAGAAGAAAAAAAGAAAAAGAAGGACAAGAAGGACAAAAAGGAUAAAAAGGAAAAGAAGAAGGAGAAGAAAGAGAAGGAAAUCAAUACCAAGCCAGUUAUUGAGGUUGAGGAAACACAAGAAGAGGAAGAAGAUCAAGGCUAUCAAUUUUCUCAAUUCCAUGGCGAUCAUGAUCCAACGCCAGUUAUUGAGGUUGAAGAAACACAAGAAGAAGAAGAAUCCAAUGGAUAUGCUCCAAAUCAACCUCAAUCAGCAGAAGAUUUCCUUAAACAAUAUGAUGAAGGAAAUGAGAAUCAAAACUAUGAACCGCAACAUGAUACAUCUCAAAUGUUCCAAACUCAAGCCAACCAGAAUCCAAUAGAGAUAAUGACUGCAACGGAUGCAUAUCUCCCACUUAGUGCCUCUUUGGGUGUUAGUGAAAUCAAGACAACAGGAGAGACUGAGACAUCUUUUGGCGAUUUUGAAGAGUUUGAUAAUUCUCAUUUUGACACCUCUGAGGCUCCUCAAUCAGACACUCUCAGAACUGAAGAUUUUUCAGUGGUUCAUGUUUCACAGGAUAAUACUGAUAAUAAUAAUAAUUAUUAUGAUGAUCAACAGCAGGAAGAAUAUCAACCUCAACAACAAGUUGUCCAAGAAGUGGAAGAGGAAGAGUUUGAGGAUUUUGAUAAUGAUUUUGAAGAACAACACGAUGAAAAUCAAGAUCCAGAGGAUGAAACCUAUGAAGAACAACAGGAAGGUCACCAAGAGCAGGAAGUUGUUGAUUCGGUUGACUAUUCAGGUAUUGAGGAUAGAACAGAAGAAGAAAGAAUUUAA